AGCAGAUGGCGCAACGUGUCAAAGCAGCGGUGGGGGCGCGUUUGCCGGAAGUCGGUGACACUUCCGCUGGGGACUACACCUACAAAAUCGAAAAGCUGAUGACAAGACAACUGGAAUGGAGGCGCUGAACAGGAGGCGUGCUCGGGUGGCAUUCAGCUACCAACCCCAGAACGAGGAUGAGCUGCAGUUGGAGGUGUCGGAUGUCAUCGAGGUGCUCGAGGAGGUUGAGGAAGGCUGGUGGAAGGGCGUGCUCAAGGGCCGCAUAGGCGUGUUCCCCUCCAACUUUGUCGUGCUCGAGGACGCAGCCCCCGCCUCUCCACGCGCGGCCUCCACAGCGACCGCCAACAACCAGACCCGCUGGGGAAACUCCGUCGCCUCCGACUUCCACUCCGAUAAGCCGGAGUCCUCGGGGGACAUCACAGGCGACCACUCGCUAGCGUCGCUAGAAAUCAAGCCCAAACCCGUCGCCAAAGGAAUGGGAUUCGGCAACAUCCUGCCGGAGAACCGCAUCAAGGUCAAAAGCAAAGUCACUGACUCGCCCAAUGACAAACGCGCUUUGGGGCCCUUGAAGAAACCUGCACCCCCUGUGCCAUCGGAAACUUCAACAGAAGCCCCAAAGUUGCCUCCCAAGCCAGUACGGGAGCAGGCCAAGGUGCUGUACGCGUACGAGGCGCAGAACGAUGACGAGCUGACGAUCAAGGAAGGGGAUGUGAUCGUAAUUUUGACAAAGGAAGUGGAAGACAAAGGCUGGUGGAAAGGGGAGCUCAAUGGCAGAGUCGGCGUGUUCCCGGACAAUUUCGUCAAGCUCAUAAAGGAGGAGGUUCCGCAGCCUGUAAAACCUGAGCGGCCGGAGAAGCCCCCGGGAGGCAAGAUGGCGGGCAAGCCCGACCUGCCCGACAAGCCUGCCUUCCAGGAGUAUGGCAACAGCUCGGACCGGCCCAUCUCCAAAGUGCCUCCUUUUAAGCCUUCCGAAAUUUCUAAGAAAGCACCAUCAUUGGCCAGCGCAGCAGCGGCGGAAGAGAAAGGCAAGGCACCUGCCCCUCCCCCUGCCACCUGCUUGGCGGCAGCCAAGAAGCCCUUUGUCCUGCAGUCUCCACCCACCUCGGCCAGUCCCGCCCCCAAGAAGCCCCCGCCCCAGUGGCCUUCCCUGGAUGCAGACGUGCCUCCUCCCUCGUCCCCACCCCCUCUGCCACCUUCCAGCCCCACCCCCACUGCCACGCCCACUUCCACCCCUGCCCUGCCCUCGGUUGCACCUCCCUUGUUGGCCGCUAGGAGAACUGAAGGGCUAACGAAAGAGGCCGCUCCUGCGCCUGCCCCAGUGUAUGCCCAAGUGAGGCGAAUUACGGCCAACGGAGUUGCAGACUCCAAGGAGUCUCAGUCGUCAGUGGCCUCGUCCAGCAAGGAAGAGUACUCUGAAGCGACAUUUGACAGCAUCGAGCCCUCAGAGAACAAGCUGAACCACCCCACUGCCAACCGUGUGCGACCUCCCAUGAACAGGAGGCCUCCCUCUCAUAUAACAAUCGUCAAGGAAAACGGCAAUGAACCGAGCGAGCAGCAGCCAGCUUGGAUGAAGGAUCUUGGAAAGAGGCACCAGGCCAAAUUCUCUAGUCAGCCUACGUUUGAGGGCAAGGACGUGAAGAUUGCUGGCAGCCCAGAAAAGGAGCUCCCAAGUAGAGUGUAUCCACAGAAAUCGCCACCUUCUGCACACAAGCCCCUGGCCGGUUCCGUCAGAGAAGAAUCAGCUGUGCUGUCUCGUAGCCCCAUUACGAAGGAGUCCCCAGCGGUGACGGCAGCACCUGUAAUCCUGCGGAGCCAGAAGGGCCUGUGCUCAGCUGAAGGCGACGCUGUACAGGAACUCAAGAAUGAGCUCAAGGUGCUCCGCGAGAACUUCGUUCCCAAGGAGGAGCUUACCAGCCUCCAGCAGCAGAUCAAUUCUCUCAAAGAGACUGUGGAGUCCAAUCGGAACCAGUACAGCAAGCUGGUGCGCGACCUGAUGGCCGAAAUCGACGAGGAAAAGAAACUGCGCAUGACCCUCCAGGUGGAGAUCGACCGUCUCAAAAAGCUGACCCUGACCGUCUGACCCAGUGUGGUCUGACCGGCCUUCGCGGUCCAACCGAGCUUGCGCAACCUUCCCGUCUGAAGGCAGAGAAAGCCCCCGGCACGCCUGCCACCCUCCAGCCAACUUGUCGACUCAGCAUUGCAAGACCAGUGAAUCCCUCCCCCCUUCAGAAUCUCGGGAAGUGCAUAAGCAUUUGAACAGGGGGUUGCCUGCAGGCGGCUUCAGGGCAUGUAAAUUUUUAAGUAUUAAAUUUUAGCUACGAGCGAGUAUUUAUAAACAGAGGUUGUGCCAAGCUUUCGGAAAUGCUGGCAUCAAUGGCCGAGUGCUGCAGUAGUGUUUUAUUACACAGAGUUUCGUUGUUUUUUUUCUUUUGUUUUUAUUAUUACGGUGUAACAAUUGUAAAGGAAGCUUUGGCAUCGGUGUUUGGUACGGUCAGCAAUGAUUACAAAGGGUACUAUAGCCUUAAUUUUAGACUUGGUGCAAGUGUAGAAGACCGAGAAGGCAUUAGCGUGGUUGUCUUGCACUGUCAAGGCAUCAUCCAUGCUCUUAUUGCAGUGGUAAUUAACAUUAUGAUGAGCAUUCCCUUUAGUCAAGAUAUCAGGGGCCAAAAAGAACGAUGCUGUCUGCAAUGCAAGACGGUGUCGCCGAGUAGGCUCGACAGCACAAAUGGCUGCCCCACCGUACAACUGAGCACCGGCCUGUUGAACGCAUUCUAACAAAGGUUACAGCCGGAAUGCAGUUAAUUACCUUUUUUUGUGAGAAAUCUUAGGAGUGUGUAAAUGGGUUUGUGCACUAAGACUAGCAUUUGUGUGCUCAUAACAGUACCAUACUACCAUUGCCAAUUUCGUGCCAUUUAACAAUAACACGACUACUACUACUACUACAACUACGGCAACCACCAUUGUCACCGCAUCUCGCCUUUAGCGAGUCUGCCGCAUAAUACUUGCUCUGGUGAUACGAUUUCGGUGAGAUUUUGAUGCUAGCUGCGAAUUCAGCAUGGAUGAGAGAACUUAAGGAUGCGAUCGUGGCUUGCGUGUGAGCUUUGUCGCAUAGCGUCUAAAAGUGCAGAACCGAGUCCUCACUUGCUCCAUCUCGAGACCUUUAUUCACUUCUGCUGUGUAUCCUGUACAGCCCGGAAAGCUAGAAAUUGUAGCAAAGCAAGUACUGUCAUUCAUAGGGAGGCCAUAAGUUGAAUUCUGUGCUACUACUAUGGAUUACAUGGUAUGUUCUCAUUGUUGGCCUAAAUGUAAUGCUGGUUUUGAGCAAGCUGGCCUUGGAUGUGGGUGUGAUGCUCUCGUUUGUUCUAUUUCCAAGCAAAGAUUUAUGCUUACAUGAACACGUCUCCUCUUUUGUUUUUAGAAUAGCUGAUUGCCUUUGUCUUCUAUGUACUAUACUACACAGUUUGCUUAUUCUUUCGCUGCUCUGUUUGUUUGUUUUUUCACCCUUUUGUAUACAAAUGUAUUAGAGCUUCGUGAUAUAUCUCAUGGCAGUGUUUGCGGAAGGGAACUGUCAGCUUUAACCUUCAGUAUAAAAGUUGUUUCAGCUGGCUUUCUUUAGAUGUAGGUGUAAUGGUAGAGCAGAGUAGUUCAGAUUACGUGGAUUCUCUCUCUGGUUGUAGUUCAUAUUUUCCAUCUUGACACUUUGAUACUUUGACCACUGGUCUGGUUCGGAUUUGAUUCUUUUAUUCGGCGACAACCCAGUGAUACAGUGGUAAAUAAAUGUCUUGGAUAAUCGCGCUGCAACAAACAGGGAUGGAUUAUAUGGGAACACACAACAACACACAUGUAAUCCAACCUUGUACAUUACAGUGCGAUUCUCCAGGACGAUGUAUGGAAGUAACUGCCUAAAACACUAUUCGACUCAGCCGGGUUGUAUCUUUGCACAGCAGUGACACUGAUAAUCUGUGCUUUAAAAAACUGCCAUCACACACAGCUGAUCGUCGUAAGACGUCUAGUUCGCUGGGGUCGUAUGUGCUAUUCGCCAACUACGUAGGAACAUGGCAAGACACACUGACUUUUUGAACUUUUGAUGUGGGCUGUACAAGCAAAAAUUUGCUCAUUUUCGUGACACCGUGGCCGAGGUAAAAUUUUGAUGUCGGCACUCUCGGGAACUGUGUCUUGAUCUGCUAGGAACGCAGUGGGCAUGUACAGCUUAAAUUUACGGAUGAAGCUGUUACUGAAUUGCUGGGCUGUCACCAGGUAUAGAAAGGGAUCUAAGUUGCUCAUUCUGUUGAAAAAUCGUCUCCCUACUUUUUCUGUGAUGUGUGGAUAUAUGUGAUCUGUGGUGCGCGAUGCAUUUCAAGUGAGUCUGGAACGGCUUGUUCAGAGCUUGCGAUGGGUCGACGAGCGAGUGUGCAAAAUACGUGGGGUUGAUCGCUGGGUCUGUAGCGUUCCUCUGACGUUGCAGGGAGCGUUGAUUUUGCUGUAUUGCGCACUCGACCGAUUGCAGAGUCAUUGGUGUUUCCAAAUGUAGUUAGCACCUUGUGUGUCGCCAUAAUCGACUGAAUUAACAUGCACAAAAGCAUCUCACCUUUCUUUAUGCGUGUGAUUCAUCACGAGAACACUUGUAUAUACCUAUUGCUUUCAUUUGUUUUCAUGGGUCGCAAAAGCUUACGCAUUACAUAGUAGUGUGUGGACAGCGGCCUUCUUCUGAUUUCUUUUUCUUUUCCCGAAUUUCUUGGCUGUGCCAGCAGCCGCUUUGAAACUGUCAGCUUAGUGCUUUGGUUUUGUAAUAUCUUUUCCCAGGGAUAAGCAAUAUGGUCUCGUGCUUUGCUGCAAAUCCUCUCAUUUUCAUUGUAUCUUAACAUGGCAUCGUUCAGGUAGGACAUGACACUAUCAAUUCUAUCAUGACCAAUGUAUGGUGGUUAACUUCAGUGAAUAUGAUCGUUAAGCUCGUUGAGGUGUUACCUUAUUUCGGUGUAAUCCGUUUAUUCCGUGAAUCGUCUCAAUAUUUCUGCAUGAUGUCUGUUGUCAUGUCGGGAAUCGCUCGAUUUCUUUUUAUCUGCUAUGAAUUGUGGUCUCUUACGUAUCCUCGAUAAGCCGUGUAAUUUAUGAUUCCAGAUCUUUACGUUUGGGUUCGUGUAGCAAGUUUUAUUACAUCUUUGUGGGCUUAUACAAAACUGUGAUGUCAGGUCCACAGAUAGACGUACUAGGUUCCGUAGAGCAGCCAGGGCCUUUUAAAGCGCCAGGAUUGCGAAUGCAUUGAACAGAGCUAGAUUUCACAUCCAGCUGGCUCUGUGAGGAGAGGCGUAUUCUAAUGUAAUGUGUAGACUUCGUACGAUUUUUGACUUCACAGGCUCCUACGAUGCACCAGUUUUGGCCUGCUGGUCUUAGCAGGUCACCCUGCAUUUUUUUGAAGUGCUCUUUUUUUAUAAAGCACCGGGACUAAAAAGUGUGGAACAGGCUUGCUUUGUGGCCUGAGCCGCUUACCUUUUGUACGACCAAUUUAAUUACAUACCGUCAUUUUACACAGCCUCUUUAUGGCUUUGGAACGAGUUUUUCACAGAAGUGCAUGUUUUUGGGACUUCUCUAAGUGAAUUUUUAAAAAUCCCCUUACUCAGUAACACUACCUUGAUGUCCCGAGAAAAAUUGCGUUUCUGCAAGUGCAAUGUGAUUUCUUUUUUCCUCAACGGAAUUUAUGCAACGACUUGUACCACUUUUGUGUGCCUGGUUGAACAGCACGUGUAACUCAUUGCUGGAAUGAUCCUCAAUUGUGUAUCUCGCGUCAUGGUUCUUGAAUAUCCAGCCGUCACUGGCACAUGCGCAGCUUUCGUGGCAGUGGAUGUGCAUGUAUUUACUGCAUUUUUUGAAAAUUUAUGGAAUUGUAGCUCGCACUCUACUAUUGCAGCAGUGACAAAUGUCUGUCGAUGCAUUGCUUAUACACUGCACUGGUGUCAAAGCGUAGUGGUCACCACCUCAACUGUGUGUUAUGCUUCAGGGUCAGGCGCUGGCAGUCUUUCUUCAAAGAAAACUCGUGUUUUUUCUAUCUGUCAACUCACCUUCAGUUAUCGCAGGCCACGCAAGUACCCGUUGGUUGUUUUAUAAAUGGUAACUGAUAACCUUAGUGAAUGAUGUCUUGAAGGUAGCAGAGGUACCUGCUUCACUGUCACAUACACGCAUACCGUUGGCAAAGAUCACAGGACUUGGGAAAAUGUUUAAUUUCUCAAUAGUUCGCUACCGCAGACAGUUAAACAUAUAUGUAUUGAGAUGUAAUGGGAAACCAACUUGAGACAGGCUGCAGAAAUGUUCUGCUUUGGCAAAGAUCCCAUGAUGCAUAAAUUUUUUUACAAAUAUGGUACUGUGGUGGCAGAUUUUGUCAUAAGAGCUGUGUUUUGAUACCUGCCGUGGACUCCUGCACAAUGCCUUUCAUACUGAGUUGACUAGUGCUGCUUAUAAUUACAUGCCACUGGAGCUCUGUGGAGUGCGAGCUGCACAUUCCCAUGUUCUUGCCGAUAUUGUGCACAUCGCACAGCUGUUAUUGUAAGCACGCGCCUCUGGCACCUUCAGCGUGACUGAGUGACAGUUGUUGGCACUACCGACGAGGGUGCACAUUUCUUGCUUGUGCUGCACAUUCAGCUGCUGGACAUGUGUGCAACUUCCUCGAUAAUUCCAGCAACUCUCACGACGUUACAUGUGUUGAGGGAAUGUAGCUGCUAACAGUUUUGCGGUCUGUGUGUGCCCAUGAUGACAGCAACACGGUUUGCAUACUGGAGUUAGGAAUGAGCCUUGUCUUACUUGUACCCAUGCAAAUAAUUUACACAACUGGCGUCUUCACAGUUUAUAAAGCAGGUAGCCACCUCCAAGAUCAUCAUGCAAUGCAUACAGUUUUUCAGGGCCACUUCUCGCCAGGCUUUUCGUGCACAAUUAUCUCAAUUUGGCUGUAAAGCCACUUGCUCCAAUUGUUUAAAUUUUGACUUAAGUAUGCUGUCCGAUAACUUGGUUUAGUGACUUCACUUGUGGCAUACUCUGAGAAACUUGGCUACCAUGCUUGGUACUGUGUAUUACAAGGAUUGGUAUACUGGGUCAUUCUUACUAUGUACUAGUUUAUCAGCUCUGCAGAGCAUCAGCUGCCAAGCACUCGCAUAUUCUUUGUGGAAGUGAUGGCAUUAAAACGUAUAUCCAUCGAUUUUUGUGAUCUUAACAUUCCGUUUAGAGAUAGUUGUACAAAUGACGUUUCUUAAUGCGAGGGCAUGAAUAAAUGGGAGGGUGUGUGUAUUGUUCUCUCUUUUCUUUAUUAAAAAAAAAAGUAACGAGAACAUCUUAAGCAUCAUUUUCCCUUGUGAGCUGACCGAUAUUAUGAGGCGCUGUUAAAUGUUCCUGUACUUGAAUAGUCUAGUGAGUGCUUCAGGAGAUAGUAAUUUUCUUGUGCAUCUUGUUACCUGCAGAGCUAGCUUAGGCAUAUACAAAAGUACAUAUCCAUUUGCAGCCAGCAUGUGGCGCUUGAGUCUCGUCUACCCGUGACCGUUUUCUACAGCAUUUAUAGGUAACGUGAAAGACUAAAACAUGUGGCUUUUAUGAGCAUGCGGGAAGCAAGCCCGACAUUUUUUUUAUCACUUGUUUGUCGCAAACCAUUAACCAGUGUGGUAUCUGUGCUUCUGAAAAAUGUUUAGCAUUCACUGAAAAAGGUGCUUGCUUUCUGUGGGUAACCAUGUUUAGCAAACAAACACAAGCCGAACAGUGUUAUAUUUUAAAGGGACACUAAAGAGAAAAAUAUGCUGUGUCCAUAAAUGAUGCAUUCAACAAUGCCAAAAAGCCACUCGUACCACUAGAGAAGGCUUGAGGAGCAAAAAUAAAUACAGAUGGCCAUAAUUCUGUGGAUUAUAUCUUAUUCUGCCUAGUUUAUAGUGUAUCUGUGACUACAUUGUAUUUUGAAGCAGUGAAAAGUUGAAUUCCACUAACUUGGGAAAACUUUUACUGCUCCAUCACUACGAAGUCAUGACACUGGGUGCAGAAUUUUUAGAGUGCAAGUUUAGACAUUCCUUCAUGAACCUCUUAUCACUCCGAACUGGUUUUUACCUUCAGUGGCCUCUUCAGUGACCCUCUAAGAACUAGUGUUUUACACUUCUAAAUGUCUUUUAGUUGCACUUGAGCAUCGUAUUUGGUAGCACUUUGGAUUGUAUUGUAUCCCACUGAAUUUUGUGGAAGAUGCCUCCAUACCUUCUUAUUCUGUAAAAGAAGUCCUCGCAUUUUUUGUGAGCACCCACGCUGUGAGCGUAACAUCAGUUCCAUGGUACUUAAUAAAACUUGAACAUGUUCCUACAUUCCACUUUGCAGAGAUGGGUUUUCUUAAUUACCAGGUGCUAGGAGAAACACGGUUAAGAAAAAAAAAAAAAAGGUGGCCCUAAUGCGCUGUAGCUCAAACAGGCAUCCUAUUGUGGGGCACAUUAUUCGUGUGCUAAAAAAAAAAAGAUAUAUUGCCAAUGACUUAGGUACCUUGACUUAUGUUGUUAGAUAGUUAUUGUAAGAUUUGUGAUGCAAUUUAGCAAUAAAGACGUGGGUACUGGUCUAGUUGACGUGUAGAGAUGUGAAACUUUUAUGCCAUACACCAACUUGUGUGUCGCAUUGUACGUAACUGUGUAUGUGUGUGUGUGCUAGCUUUGGUUUCGAAUAUCAAUCCUUCGUACUUGGGUGUGUACUUGGCUGCACUAAUCCGUGUCCACUUUGUACAAUAGUGUUUUUGUGUGUUGGUAAUGUAUCGACUCGUAUGUCCGGCACAUGACAAGAGCGGUCAACACAGAGUAACAGUAUUGCUGAAAAGCAACUUCAGCUGUUGUAGGUAGGCACAGGCAGUGGCGUUUCUUACCAGAUUACUUCAGCAGUUCACUUUGCUAAGUGCUGUGAACAGUUUGUCCGGCUGCUUUUAUUUCUUCAAGCCCUGCUCCUCGCUCGGCCUUUGUGAAAGUGCUUUUUUGAUUCAAGAAUCGGCGCUGUUUUCGUGGCUUGUAUAGCUUGGCGAGCUUAAGAACUGUCUCCUCUGUACAAGAUUCUGCCUCUACUGUUUCUCGCUCAACUCCACCAAGUGUAGGAUAGCGCUGCCUCGAACUGAAGUAGAGACUAUUCGGUUACGCUCCACAUUGAUUACUGCAAUAAGGAGUCGCUUGAGAAGUAUAACUGCUUUAGUGCCUUUGAGUUAAACGAUUAACUCUGUUAAUGAAAUAACAGCUCGGGAAUUGCCGGCGAGCGUCGUCGAAGCCCGGUGUCAACUUCAGCCGUGAGUGGCGCAGUCCUUUGCUUGUUGGAGUUGAGACGAACUGACGAGUAGACGAACUUCGAGAAUUUAGCGGUGUUUGUUUGCUUGCUGAUAUUGCUUGUAGUGUAUUAUGCUGUGGCACAUCAAAGUCUAAGCAACUGCCGCUUGCUUCACUCCCUUGAAAUGCUGUCUCAGCUUGGCCCAGUUAAUUGAUAGCUGCAAGGAGUUCAUCAGCCUUAAAACUGAUUGCGUGUUGCACGUCUCUUUAUGUGGCUACAGUGCUGUUUUAGUUGCAAUGCUUAAAUGAAAAUGGAAGCAGGGCACUUCUCUCCUCCCCCCCCACCCCUUUCCCUUUUUUUUGUCACAAGAAAGCGUACGCAGUGUGACAAUCCUCUGAGCUCAGUCUAUGUAAUAUAAUAGAUUUAUAUAUAUAUGAUAAAGAGAAGAUAUGUAGGUGACCUGAAUGUGUAGCCCUUUCGUACAAAUAAAUGGUAUAACCACUGAAUGAAACU